AUGAAGAGCGAGUACUGGAGCAAUUUGGCGGGCGGCGCAGUGAUUGGGCUGGCGUGCACCGCGUAUCUGUUUCUGCUGGGCCGCGUUGCUGGGAUCAGCGGCAUGAUCGGCCGCGUUGUGUCCGGGGAGAGCAUCUGGCCGGACGCUGCGUUUCUGGCGGGGCUGGCGACGGGGCCCGUUGUUUGGAGCUGCGCUACCGGGGACUGGCCCGAGCUAUCGCUGAGCACGCCGUGGUACGUGCUGCUGCCGGCAGGGUUUCUUGUUGGCUAUGGCACGCGGCUGGGAAGCGGCUGCACGAGCGGGCACGGGGUGAUGGGUCUUGCAAGGCUGUCUCCGCGCAUAGGCCUGAUUCUUGGCGGAAUGGCCAACCCCGCCACCGUGCGCGCGUUUCUGGACCUGGCCGGCGACUGGAACCCGUCGCUGGUGUUUGUGCUGGGAGGAGCGUUGUCUGUUGCAUUUGCCGGGGUGAGGCUGCAAAAACGGCUUUCGCGGCCGGUGCUGGAGAAAUCGUUCCAGCUGCCGACGGCGCGCCAGAUCGACGCCCCUCUGGUGGCCGGGAGCUGUCUGUUCGGCGUCGGCUGGGGGCUGAGCGGGUUCUGUCCUGGCCCGGCCGUACUGUCCAUAUUUGUCGGCCAAUGGCCGAGUCUCACGUUCGUGUUGGGCCUGCUACUUGGUAUGGCUACGUACGGUAUGAGGAGGGGCCAAGCUAACACCGGCAAGACCAAUUGA